UUCACUGUAUAAUGCCUUUUCUGUAUUUACAGGAGCUGGUGUUAACCCAGAGCAGCAUGGAAUGGAUGAAAUGAGACCUGUAGAAGAGAGUCUUGCAUCUGUCCCCAGUCCCAAGCAAACAGAUGUUGAUGACAGCAGCUGUACAUCGAAAACCUUUACCUCUGUUGGAACACAGUGGGAAGACCACAUCUUCGAGGAGCAUUGUUAUAUUAAGAGACAACACAGUAUAACUUAUGUAAACCAGUCAACGCAGUGCGAUACAUUCAAGCCUCUAACUCUGAUGAAUGACUAUGACUCAAAUCUCUACACUGGGCUCCCUCUCCACACAUUUCAUACCCUUGUAGCUGUUCUGCGUCCCCAUGAGAAUCUGGCUUACCAGACUGAAAUUGAACAGCAAAUCUUGCUCACACUAAUGAAGCUGAAAUUAAACCUUUUGAUAGAAGAUCUUGCCAUUCGAUUCCGUAUAUCAGUGAGUCAAGUGAGCAGAAUAAUUUCUUUUUGGAUUGACACCAUGGCUGCAGUCUUGAAGGAACUGAUACCAUGGCUUCCCAAAGAAACAAUCAGGGCCACAACACCAGAGGCAUACAAGCAACAUUAUCCCAAUGUUACCUGUAUCUUAGACUGCAGUGAAAGUGAAGUCCAAAGACCAGGGAACCUAGACUCAAGGUCUGAAUCAUACAGCCACUACUAUGCUUGCAACACCAUCAAGUAUUUAGUGGCUAUUGCACCAUGUGGUCUAGUAAUGUUUAUAUCUGCAGCAUAUGGGGGACGCUGUAGUGACAAAUUCAUCACGUGUGAUUCUGGCAUUCUCGAAUACCUCCAUCCAGGAGAUGAAGUGAUGGUGGACAGGGGUUUUUUGAUUAGAGACUUGUUGUUUGAAAGAAAAGUCAAUAUGAUAAUUCCUCACUUUGCCAACAAAAUGCAGCUAACAGAAGAAAAAGUCACAUGUAGCCGCAGGAUUGCAAAUGUAAGGAUACAUGUUGAACGUGCAAUUAGGAGACUGAAAGUAUACAAGGUGUUAUCACAAACCUUGCCUAUCACCCUUAUGCCAAAGAUAGAUAAAAUUCUGCGUAUAUGUGCAGCUUUAGUGAAUUUGCGUGGUGAUCUGAUCCGUGAAGCAGAUAAAUAA